CACCCUUUUGGCCCAAUAGCAGCUUUCAAUAUUUUUUUUAUAUAUAAACUACGCUCACCUCACUCUUCUGCCUAUAGGAAUGGGGUUUCCAAAUAAUUGUAAUGGCGGCUGGAGCCAAAUCGUUGCAAUACAUUAUUUUACGAAUACAAUAAUUUAGCACUGAAGUCGACGUUUAUGGGCGGGAAAACUGUGCGUUAAAAAUCUUUUCCUUUUAGAUUAAGGUAGAUUUCUGCCUCACCCAGUCACGUACCCCGCCCCAGCCCCGCGCCCCAUCCGCUUUGCGGCCUGGUAGUUCUUCUCACUUCUCAGCUUCUCGGAGUUUUGGCUGCCAUCUGCAGUUCAGCUCAUCGGCUCAACAACCCCAGCGGCCUAGUAGGUUUUCAUUUGCCAAUCCUGUAACCCUAAAAGCUGCCUUGAAAACCUAUUUGGAAGAACGAUUUAGAAACAUACAAUAAAACUUCUAAUGGAAAGCAGCAAUGGAAGUACAACUGGAGGCAGAGAGUGGAUGGCUGAGGAUGCCAUUGCUGGAAAUGCAGAGGCGGUCCGUGCUCUUCGGGAACUCAUUAUGUAUCCACUCCUGUAUUCUCAAGAGUCUCAAAAGCUUGGCCUCAAAUGGCCUCGUGGCUUGUUGCUCUAUGGUCCACCUGGUACUGGAAAGACAAGUUUGGUUAGAGCAGUUGUUCAAGAAUGUGGAGCACAUUUGACUGUUAUUAGCCCACACAGUGUCCAUAGAGCACAUACUGGAGAAAGCGAGAGAGUUUUGCGGGAAGCAUUUGCAAAAGCAUCGUCUCAUGCAAACCUUGGGAAGCCAUCUGUUAUCUUCAUAGACGAAAUUGAUGUACUAUGCCCUCGUCGUGAUUCUAGAAGAGAACAAGAUGUACGUGUAGCUUCUCAGCUCUUUAUGUUGAUGGACUCUAAUAAGUCCGUUUCAACAUCUGGAUUACAUGUUGUUGUAGUGGCAUCAACUAAUAGGGUUGACACACUCGACCCGGCUCUAAGAAGAUCUGGGCGUUUUGAUGCUGAGAUUGAAGUCACAACCCCUAAUGAAGAUGAACGCUUUCAUAUCCUCAAUCUUUACACUAAGAAGCUUCCAUUGGACCCCAGUGUUGACCUGCAGUCAAUCGCUGCCUCUUGUAAUGGCUAUGUUGGGGCAGAUUUAGAAGCUUUAUGCCGCGAAGCUACUAUGUCUGCUGUCAGACGAUCUUCAGAAUUAGAUCAAGUAGAUUGCUCUUGGAACAUAACAGUGGAUGACUGGAGGCAUGCCAAAUCUAUUGUUGGUCCUAGUAUAACAAGAGGUGUAGUUGUGGAAAUUCCAAAGGUUUCUUGGGAGGAUAUUGGAGGACUACAAGGCAUAAAGAAAAAGCUACAGCAAGCUGUAGAGUGGCCGUUAAGGCAUUCUGAAGCAUUUGCGCGGUUGGGAGUAUCACCUCUUCAUGGCAUCCUUCUUCAUGGACCUCCAGGGUGCUCUAAAACCACCCUUGCAAAAGCUGCUGCUCAUGCUGCACAGGCUUCCUUUUUUUCGUUGAGUGGUGCAGAAUUGUAUUCGAUGUAUGUCGGUGAAGGUGAAGCUUUGUUGCGCAAUACAUUUCGAAGAGCUCGACUUGCAGCACCAAGCAUUAUUUUCUUUGAUGAAGCUGAUGUCAUUGCUGCCAAACGUGGUGGAAGUUCUAGCGGAAGCAGCCUUGUUGGGGAGAGACUUCUGUCUACUCUUUUGACUGAAAUGGAUGGCCUGGAGCAAAUGAAGGGGAUUCUUGUUUUAGCUGCAACCAAUCGCCCUCAGGCAAUUGAUGCUGCACUUAUGCGACCUGGGCGCUUCGAUCUGGUUCUCUAUGUGCCGCCACCAGAUUUGGAAGCUCGAUGUGAGAUCCUUCGUGUGCAUACACGUAACAUGAAGUUAGAUGCCGAUGUUGACAUUAGGCAAGUAGCUGAGAAUAUGGAUCUCUACACAGGGGCAGAGUUGGAAGGGCUGUGCAGAGAAGCCGGAAUUGUUGCUUUAAGAGAAGAUAUUUCAGCCACUGUUGUGUGUGAUCGACACUUCCAAACCGUCAGGCAGUCACUAAAGCCAGCGCUCACCCAGGGAGAAAUUGAAUCAUAUUCCUCCUUUAUGAAGAAGGAGAAGGAGAAGAACCCAUCUCUCUGUUCUUCUAGUACACUUGAAUCCUCCAGCUACAAUCAGAGCAGCAAGACAAGUCGGCAUCUUUUGAUGAGUCCUGCUCUUAGAAUCUGUAUUUUUAGUGUAGUUUUGUAUGCUGCUGCAAUUUAUGCGUUCACACCGGCCGUUCUAUUGUCUAAAGAACUAAGUACUUAGAAUUUCAUUGUGUUUGUGUUGCUUAGUUCUGAACAAAUAUUAUGUACGGUACUAUAUUAUAUCUAAAAAAGGUAAAUCAUUCGUUUCAG